UUUUUUUGCCUGCCUUGCAGUACGUGCCUGGAUAGUUUGUGGAUAUAAUUACUGACUGGAAUCUGGGCUGUUGCAGUUGUCCGUGGGGGGGAGAGGGGAGAAAAGAAAUCAUCCCCCCCCCUCCACCGACCCUCCCUGCUCUCCCUCCCCCCUCUUUUUUUUUUCUCUCCCUUUGGUGAUGAUUCGGACAUUUAAUGUAUUGAAUGAACUGGAAUUGCUUUCCGUGUGAGGACGAUGGUUGCUGUUACUUUGUGAUGAGAUCGGGAAUGAAUUGCUCGGUUUAAAAAUGCUGCUUUGGAUUCUGUUGCUGGAGACGUCUCUUUGUUUUGCUGCUGGAAACGUUACAGGGGACGUUUGCAAAGAGAAGAUCUGUGCCUGCAACGAGAUAGAAGGGGAUUUGCACGUAGACUGUGAGAAAAAGGGAUUUACCAGCCUGCAACAUUUCAGCGCCCCAACUUCCCAGUUUUAUCAUUUAUUCCUGCAUGGCAAUUCCCUGACUCGACUUUUCCCUAAUGAGUUUGCUAACUUUUACAAUGCGGUCAGUUUGCACAUGGAAAACAACGGUUUGCAUGAGAUUGUUCCUGGGGCUUUCCUUGGGCUGCAGCUGGUGAAACGCUUGCACAUAAACAACAACAAGAUCAAAUCGUUCAGGAAGCAGACUUUCCUGGGGCUGGACGAUCUGGAAUACCUCCAGGCAGAUUUUAAUCUAUUGCGGGAUAUUGACCCGGGAGCAUUUAGGGACUUAAACAAGCUAGAGGUGCUGAUUUUAAAUGACAAUCUCAUCAGCACCUUGCCCCCGAACGUGUUUCAGUACGUGCCGAUCACCCACCUCGACCUGCGAGGAAACCGUCUUAAAACCUUGCCUUAUGAGGAGGUCCUGGAGCAGAUCCCAGGCAUUGCUGAAAUCCUGCUAGAGGAUAACCCCUGGGACUGCACUUGCGAUCUUCUGUCGUUGAAAGAAUGGCUGGAAAACAUACCUAAAAACGCUUUGAUCGGCAGAGUGAUUUGUGAGGCUCCCACUAGGUUGCAGGGCAAAGAUUUAAAUGAGACCACAGAGCAAGAGCUGUGCAAAAAGAACAGAGUAGAUUCUAGCCUAGCUGCUCCCCCUGCCGAAGAAGAAACCUGCGAUCCUGGUCCCAUUCCAACCCCCUUUAAAAUACAUGGCAAAGAAGACCCUGCCACGCCAGGAUCUGCUCCAAAUGGAGGUACAAAGAUUCCUGUCAACUGGCAAAUCAAGACCAGACCCACUGCUGCUGUGUCGACAGUGAGUGCGAAGAGCAAGCUACCAGCUCCUGUGUCCUGCCCACACAUCUGCAGCUGCGAUCAGAUCCCUGGCUCGGGUUUAAAGGUUAAUUGCAAUGACAGGAAUGUGAGCAGCUUGGUGGAUUUGAAGCCCAAGCCAUCCAAUGUGCAGGAGCUUUUUCUGAGAGACAACAAAAUACACACCAUCAGGAAAUCCCACUUUCUGGAUUACCGAAAACUUAAUUUACUCGAUCUGGGCAACAACAACAUUGCCACUGUCGAGAACAACACCUUCAAGAACCUCUUUGAUCUCCGAUGGCUCUACAUGGAUAGCAACUACUUAGACACACUGUCCCGGGAGAAAUUCGCUGGGCUGCAAAACCUGGAGUAUCUGAACGUGGAGUUUAAUGGGAUCCAGAUGAUCAUGCCUGGCACCUUCAACGCGAUGCCCAAACUGAGAGUCCUCAUCCUCAACAACAACCUACUGAGGUCUCUCCCAGUAGAUGUGUUUGCCGGAGUCUCGCUUUCCAAGCUGAGCAUACAUAACAAUUAUUUUAUGUACCUCCCAGUGGCAGGGGUGCUGGACCAGCUCACCUCCAUCACCCAGAUUGACCUGCACGGCAACCCAUGGGACUGUACUUGCCCUAUUGUGCCUUUCAAACAGUGGGCGGAGAUGCUGCGCCCCAAGGUGAUUAUGAGCGACCUGAGGUGCGAGUCCCCUGAAGAUUUCUUCAAAGAGGAUUUUGAAUCUCUCUCCAAUGAUGUGAUUUGCCCUCAGUUAAAAAUCUUGCCCACAUUAACUUCUACAAACAAAAACAGCACCGGGCUGACAGAGACAGGUACUCACUCUAACUCCUACUUGGAGACCAGCCGGGUCUCUAUUUCGGUGCUAGUGCCAGGGCUCUUGCUGGUUUUUGUGACCUCUGCCUUCACGGUGGUUGGCAUGCUGGUGUUCAUCCUGAGGAACAGAAAACGGUCCAAGAGGAGGGACGCCAACUCCUCUGCAUCAGAAAUCAACUCCUUGCAGACGGUCUGCGACUCGUCCUAUUGGCACAACGGGCCCUACAGCACCGACGGGGCCCACAGAGUGUACGACUGCGGCUCCCACUCCCUGUCGGACUGAGACAGCGGGCGUGGCGGGGGCGGCCACCACCCGGGACCGGCCCUUCACACUCCGGCCGGGGAGGCUCUGCACCUCCGCUGCUACCUUUUGUGAGAAACGAAACACACAGACACACGCAAGCCCUUCCUCACAACCCCUACAGGAAGGGCCGAGGCCCAGUGUGCGGCGGGGGGAGCUCGGCGCGGGGACGCAUCCCUGCAGCGCCGCGCAGCCCGGCGAGGUGGGCGCAUCCCCCACCCGUGCGCGGCCGGGGCAGCGACAGACGGGCGAGGAACCGCUUCCUUAGGCUCCGGCAGAGCUUAACACGGCUCUUGGUUUUGUAGAGCUUUUGUUCCUUUGGGGUUUGUUUUGCUUUUUUGCCCUCUUCCUUUGUGGACCGACCCCUUUCCGAGAGGCCGGAAAAAAGAGGGGGCGGAGGGCAAGCUGGUGUCGGCCUCCUCCUGACGGCAAAGCAGGAGUGGAAAGUUGCACGAAGGCAUGAAUGUAAUGUAAAUAAAUGACUCCGACUCCGAAACAAAUAGACAAAUGGACAAAAAAUUAAAAAAAAAAAAAAAAAGUGCUGCAUGGCUCGCAUGGAUACAACGCACCCCAGGGACGCUCCAGCCCCCAACUGGAAACAGCGUCUAGUUCACGCCAUCAUCCCUCUUACCCGAUAAGUUCCUUCGUAUCAAACCUAUAUACGAAAUACAGUAUAAUAAUAAAAAGUGCCAUUUCGCCAGUUUUUUUUUUUUUUUGUGUGUGAUCAAUAGACAGUAGAGUUCGUACUUUUACUGUGAAAAAAAAAAUGUAAAGGUUUUAUUUAAGACAUAGUUGCAUGAAUAUUCUCAUUGGAUUUUUUUAAUUUUUUUUUUUUUUAGGUGGGAAUUACUUUGGUGGGAGAGAUUUGCUUUGUUGAUAGUGGGUUGUGUUUCGUUUUUCGGGGGCAGGGGCGGGGAGGGGAGGCUUUGAUUUUGUUUCCUCUCUCUUCUUUUUCAAUAUACAUAUUUAGUAUUGCCUUUCCAUCUGAAUGUAAAAAUUAGUACCCAUGAUUUCUAUUAUGGUAACAGUGUAAACAUAAAAAAAAAAAAUCCAAGGCAGUUAAGCAUGACCAAUUAAUGUCACUCUAGUGCUUAGGCUGCAAAGUUUAAUGGUAGAAAAUUCUGUGCUGUUGUAAAUCUUACUAUAACUUGAGGAGAACAGAACUGAGGAAGCAAGUGAAACUUACUAAUUCUAUUCGAGGAUUUUAUAAUGGCAUAUUUUUUCAGUAUUAAAGUGAAAAUGUUUUCAA